GUACACAAGCUAAUAGCACAAGAGGAGGAAGAAGGGGAGGAGGAAGGAGAGAGAGAAGACUGAGAGAAUGAAAGAUGAAGAAAUGAAGAAACGAGGGCUGAGCCAGAUGGAUACGGGACAGAAGAAAGCCUGGAAAAGAUCACAAACAGGGAGAGAAAAGAAACAAGCACGCUCAAAAAAUUGGGGGGACACCAUGCCGUGCCUACACACUGAGAACCAGGUCAGGAACCCCACAGACCGCGAGUCCCCAUCACACCCUGCCCCAGAGACCACACAGAGGAGUAAGAAGAAAAAGAAGGAUGAAAGGCAGAGUGGGUGGGUUCUCCCUCCUCUGUGGAGCUUCCAGACAAAAACUGGGCAGCGGGGCUUCCAAAAGGCACUGGAGGGGGCAGUGGAGAUACAGGAGUCAUGGCCAGAAGACCACUCAGAUGCUAUCAACAAUCCAAGGAUGUCCUGUGGGGAGAACUUUCGUUUUGUGAAGAUGUCUGGCUGGGUUCGGAUGCACCCCAAGCUGAGCAUGCUUCUACUAGGCAGGCGCAGGGACUCCCACCCUCCAUGCGGCUCCUCUUGCAGACUUGCGCCCCCUGCAGCACUGGAGGGGCCAUGGUUGUCUUUGUCUCUAAACCAGUUUGAAGACUGCAGUGGGGGUCAUUUAGUGAGAUCACUGCUGUUUCCAGAAUCUUCCAUCACACAUCAGUACCACCAACAACAACCGGGAAGAUCGCCAUGCUCCGCUGGGCCUUGUGGGUUAGGCAAGUGCUGUGACUGGAUGAUGGGGCUGUUGGGAGGCAGAUCCAGUCAUCUGAAGUGGCAGGACGUCUGUCACAGGGUCUUGGUGCACAUCUGUGAUACUGUUGCAGCCGAACGCUGCUGCCUUGCCAUGACAACCACAGACGAGGCUGGUGGUCAGGUUCUGGGACCCUUCUUCCAAACAACAAAGACCCAAAACCACACACACCCAGACUGGGAGAGAAGCAUAAUGGGAUAUGUAGUCAGCACAGGGUGGCCUCUGAAUAUCUCAGAUGCUUAUGAGGACACGAGAUAUCACCUAAAAGUGGAUGACUCAGCAGCCUGCAGACCCAAGAGCAUCCUGAGUGUACCCAUCAAAAACCAGCAUGAUGAGGUUAUUGGUGUUGUCAUGGCAGUGAACAAGAUGGGAACAGCCUGUUUUUUCUCAAAGCAAGAUGAAAAGGUCCUGUCAUCACAUAUGGCUUUGUUAGGAGUGAUUUUGGAAAAUAAACACCUCACUGAAAGGUUGGAACGGGAGUGUCACCACAACCAGGUCUUGUUGGAACUGCUCCAGCUGCUGACUGAACAUUAUCAUCGAUGUUUGGAGACUCUCCUCAGUAAACUGUCUGCUGUCAUCCUGCAGGCUUCUAAAGCGAAACUCUGUAAAAUCUUCAUUUCAGAUCAAAGUGACGGGGAAUGUUUCUCGUGGAUGGUAUGUGUAGAGCGUGAUGACCACGGUCACUCAACACACUACUGUAAAAGGGAAUUUGAUGUGAAUGAUGUCUCCUACAUGUACGCUGUGAGAGUCCGCACCUCCACGGAAAUGCUGAAUAUCUCUAACAUCAAGUGUGUGACACAACCGACGGCUGCAGGUUUUCAGACUUUAAUCUGUGCUCCAAUCAGAGACACUCAGAGGAACCUGGUCUUAGGUGUGUGCGAGCUGCUGAAUAAGGUCAGUACAGACUCUGAUGAAGGGACUGAAUUCAGCAGGGCAGAUGAGCGCCUCCUGCAGACCUUUGUAGAGUGCUGUGCUCUGGCUUUACACAAUUACGCUGUCCAGCAAGAAGCCAAGAAAAACCUCACCAAACUGACCAUCACUGAGGAGGUUCUUUCUUACCACAUUUCUGCUCGUGUGGAUGAGGCUGAGGCUCUGGAGAAGUGUACAGUUCCUUCAGCGCACUCUCUAGGACUGAUGGAAUUUACCUUCAGCGAGGCUGGCUUGUCUUUAGCUGCUAGCGCUCAGGCUGCUGUGCGCAUGUUCCUGGACCUUGACCUGCUGCAGACCUUCAACAUAGAGUAUAAGACUCUGUGUCGGUGGGUGUUGAGCAUAAGGAGGGGCUACAGGGGUAACGUAGCCUAUCACAACUGGAGCCAUGCCUUAAGCACCGCCCACUGCAUGUUCGCCAUCAUCAGAAGAACAGAGCAGCUUCAGAAUAAGUUAAGCAGUUUGGAGAUUUUGGCUCUAAUGGUUUCAGCUUUGAGUCACGAUCUCGAUCACAGAGGCGUCAAUAAUUCCUACAUACACAGAGCGCAGCAGCCAUUAUCUCGACUCUACACACAUUCCACUCUGGAACACCAUCAUAUUAACAUCUGUCUGCUCAUCCUCAACAACCCUGACAGUAGAAUUCUCUGUAAUCUCUCAUCUGAGGAUUAUAAAGCCUGUAUUGGGAUGAUUGAGAAGAACAUUCUUGCCACAGACCUGACAGUUCACACACAGAGAAGAUCGGAGUUCUUUGAUUUGGUUGAUGAUAAGACUCUGCGGUGGGAGCACGAGGAGCACAGAGAUCUGCUAAGGUCGGUGUUGAUGACGGCCUGUGAUGUGUGUGCAAUCACCAAACCAUGGAAAGAACAAAAACGAAUUGCAAGGCUGGUUGCAGAAGAAUUCUUUGCACAAGGAGACAGAGAGAAACGUGAAUUCAACAUUCGGCCAGAUGCUGUGAUGGACAGAGUGAACAGCACUCGUUUAGCUGAGUUGCAGGUUCAGUACAUCGACUCUAUCUGCUCACCGCUGUAUGGGGCCUUGUCCAGUCUGUUUGAAUCUUGUUCUCCUUUAAAGGACGGUUGUACAAAAAAUAGAGAGAAGUGGCAGAUGCUGGUGGAAAAAGGAGAAGAAAAGAGGGAUGCAGUAAAAGAAUGAAAGUCCAUGAACCCAUUUAAUUUCUUUCUCAUUGUAUCAGUGUCUCACUGUAGAUUUAGACCUGCAAUAUUUUCCUUUGUUCUGGAUUCAUUCAUUUAUCCAUCUAUGUAUAGAUGUAUUAACAAUCUGUAAAAUGUGAUGUUUAUUGAUGUGCAUGUUGUGAUGUAAUAUUACAUAUUACAUCCAUAGUUUACUAGAUCUGGCCUUUAUUAAGACUUUAUAACUAUAUUAUUUUCACUCAUCAUUUUAUUCUCUGCACUGAAGCGUCAAUACCUGACGUCUUUAUUUUUAACCAGAAACCAGUAGGUGGAGUUAGAGAGAUCGUUUGGACGUUUAUUUUAAAACGUCCCAAUGUUUUGUUAAUUCAUUUCAUAGUUUCAGGCUGACCUGUGCAUCAGAACAGAUUGUCUUCAUUUCGAUCUUUUGAUAGUUAAGUUCAGUUCUUAAAGCUCUGUGAAACGUACAGAUUCAUUAUGAAACAUCUUCUCACUGUCUGUUUGGUGACUUCGGUCCUCAUUAAAUGGGUCACUGUCUGCUCCACCUCUCGGACCUGCUACAGCUGCAGUCAGAGGAUUGUCAAACUGCUACUAAGAGAAGAGAGAGCCACUGUAUGGCUCAACUGUGUCACUUCAUCUUCAGGAAUUUGUGCAAAAUGGUAAUCGAUGGAAACAGUAGCUAUGCUUCUAAACAUCUGAAGAUGGAAAAAUUGAAAUUGUCACUACAAUUUUUGUGUCGUGCAUCCCUAUGGCUCAAAGGUUUCCCUGGACUCCAUGGCUCCUGACCCUCAAGCACACUCAUAUCACAGAUAUCUCUCUCCUGAAUACUGACCUGUUACACCUGUUGACCUCUCUUUAGCUUUAGUAUGAAGCCCUGGCUUUUAGAACAGUUCAGCGUGAGGUGUUGCUUCUUUCUUGAGCUACCGAGUGUUUAUUUCCUGUGUUGUGUUUUCCGGUUUUGACUCAUCCGUUUCCGCCUGACCCCUUUUGGAUUGUUUAUGCCUGUUAUGAUUGUGUGUCUUUACUUGCUGUCCUUUCUACAUUUGGCAUCUACCCGUUUCCUGACAACAAUUUUGAUUGACGAUUCAAGCAGUAAAGCCUUUUUUGUUCUUUUUAUCUGCGAGCAUGUGAGUGUGUAACGUGUCAAACAGAUUCAGACGCUCACAGACGUAAAAACAAGAGGAGGCUUUACUGCUUUGAUCACAAUCCAAGGUCAUAGUCAGAAAACAGGCAUGGGUCAGUUCCAGAAAGCAUAAGAAUAAGAAAACCACAAUCAUACCACACAGCGGACAGUCUAAAACAGCAAAGGCAAAAACAGGCAGAGGGUCAAUGUCCAAAAACAAUAAUCAGGCAAACAAGGCAAAAAGGCACGAAGUCAAAACUUCAAAGACAGUGGUCAUACACGAGAUAAACAGAUCAGAAUAAACACUCAGUAGCUCACAGAAAGGAGGCAAUACUUCACAACAGCCCUAUCUAAAGCCUGGACUUAAAUACUGAGCUAAGUCUGUCAUAUGAUCAUAAACCCAGGUGAUUAGAAUUAGUACUCAGGAGAGCAAGAUCACUGAUAGGAGCGUACAGUCACAUGAGGAGUCAGGUGACCUCCCAGAGAGUUCUGGGAAGUUGAGUCCAGACGAGUAUCAUUGUCUGUCGUUUGCGUGGCAGUCAGGUGAUUUCCCAGUGGAUUCUGGGAGAUUGAGUCUGAAUCUACUGAGGUACUUGGAUGACAAAGUGGCUCCAUCACGUUACAAUCUGUUAAAUUUUAAAAGAAAAAUAGUUUUUUAAUAUCUGAAAUAUUGGUAAACCUGAAAAACUGAAAUGGUUUAAUAAAAAAUUGUGUUUCUGCAUAUAAAUAUGAUGUCAUCAUAAAA